AUGAUCACCUUUGAUGUCGCGAAUCCAGUCAAGGCGACAAGGAAACUGAAUGUUCCAUCGGGACGUACGGUCACUAUUGAAUUUGAGUAUGAAAAGAUUCACAAGAGAUGUUUUCAUUGUCUGAGGCUCACUCACGAGAAGAUUCGUUGUCCACUGCUGAGAAGAGGGCAUGGAAAUGAUCGUAGAGUUAUUCAUGACCGGGUUCCGGAACAUAGCCUGGAACGCAACAGAACAACGUCAAUGCCGCUGAAAGGAGUUUGUUUGGAGGGCCCUCCUGGUUUCCCAAUGCUUUUCCCUGAGCUCUCUCCAGAGGACCGCAAGAUGGCCAUGUUGUAUAUCUCGCACUCAGAUGAAACAGAGAGAUUGGCGAGAAUUGAGAGGGUGAAGCAGGGGAUUGCAGAGAAUGCCUCUGAAUCAUCUCUACGUUUGACUCGAAUCACUAAAGAGUUGGACAAAGGGAAAGGGCACAUAUUCUCUUAUACGGAACCACCCCUAGAGAGGUCACAGAAGAACCUGGCCUUAACUGCGUCGAAAGAUCCCCGGCGACAUGAUCUACACUCGGAUGGUGAAUCUGGCUCAUCAGGACCACAUUUCUCUUCCCAAUCAGCUCCGAAUCUAGCUCCGACGGUUUUUCGUCUUGGCCCUUCUUCGGAGGGGCUUACUACCGGGAACGUUGGAUCAAAAAAGCCACAAAGGAGAAGACCUCAGGCCUGGAAAAGAAGAGCAAUGCCAAAAGCUGGAACAAGGGAGACAGAUCUCUCAGCUCCGUCCUCACUUCCUCCAUCAUCCUCUACGAAAAGAAAGUCAGUUACACCCUUGGAUACGUCAGAAAGCAAAAACCCAAAGUUCUUAAACUCUACGGUGGCUUCCGUAUUGAAGCCGCUGCCUCCCCAAUGA